UGAAUUUUCAUUCCCUCGUCAUGUUCAAGAAACAUCGCUCUUCAGCUGGAGCCUGGAGACAAUAGAGACAAAUGUAGCCUUAUAGAACACAAGACUCACUUUCCCCCAUUUCCUCCAAAUCUUCAAAGGGUAAUCAUCUCUCUCACACAAUUUUGCUUAACUGCUAAGCGAAACAUUGUCUUUCUCGCAUUUCUUAUUUUAUGAUGGCCAAAGAUCACACACUAUAUAAAGACUUAACAUGCACCCAUUUUUUUCAUCAAAAAGCAUAUUCCUCUUACCUAAAUUUCAAAAUUCAACGAUGACCAUCCACACUCUCCUCUUCGCCUCACUUCUCAUAUUUUCAUUCAUCCAUUCGUGCCGUGGAGGAAAUAAAGAUAGACUCUUCACUGAGCUCCAAAAUUUAAUCGAGGUCACCACUAAACCCAUGCAAGAUGGCGUAGUUUUGGAAGCUGGAAAAGAUAUGGUGACAGUUAAAUGGAAGCUAAAGUCGUCGGCCAAGGUCGAUGCCGAUGCUACGUUCAAGACAAUCCAAGUCAAGCUUUGUUAUGCACCAAUCAGCCAAGUUGAUAGACCGUGGCGAAAGACUCAUAACGAGCUCUUGAAGGACAAAACCUGCCCUUACGAGAUUGUGUCCAAGCCAUAUGACAAGACCCCUCAAUCACUUGAUUGGACCGUCGAGCUCGAUAUCCCCACUGGAACCUACUUCGUACGUGUCUAUGGAAUUGAUGGAGAUGGCCACGAAGUAGCAUACGGGCAGAGCUCGGACGAGGGAAGGACGACGAAUCUCUUCAGCAUUCAGGCUAUUAGUGGUGGACACGUGUCGCUCGACAUAGCAUCCAUAUUGUUCAGCGUCUUCUCCGUUGUUUCUCUGUUAGUCUUCUUUGUCAAGGAGAAGAAGAAGGCCAAGUUAGAGCAAAGGGAGUGAGUGGAUUAAUAACGAUGGUGGAAGUGAGUUGUGGCUUUUAUAUAUGGUCAUCUUUUGUUUCGUUUGGUUAGAACUUAGAAGCAAUAUAUAUAUAUAUUGUUCUACUUUCCUUUUUCGGUUGGUUUCGACUUUCGUGUAUGCAUUAUUUGGACCAGUUGGAGCCAAGUCGAAUCGUACGGUAUAGACUUCCGCUGCA